UUCCUCCCUCUCCCUCUCCCUCUCCCUCUCUAACCCCAUAAUUUGAUUCCCAUUCUACCCCUACCUUCUCCUCCGAAUCCCCAACUCAGCCCCCACGCGCCGCCAUGUACAACAACAUGAUGCUGGUCAACUGCUCCAACUGCCGCACCCCUCUCCAGCUCCCGCAGGGCGCCGAGUCCAUCCGCUGCGCCCUCUGCCAGGCCGUCACCCUAGUCGCCGACCCACGCGCCCUCCACUCAGCCCCCUCCUCCCACGCGCCCACGCCGCCCGCUCCCUCGCCGUACAACCACGCUCCACCGGGGCCGCCGCCGAACGCCCACGGCCGGAAGAAGGCGGUGAUCUGCGGCAUAUCGUACAAGUACUCGCGGCACGAGCUCAAGGGUUGCAUCAACGACGCCAAGUGCAUGAAGUACCUGCUGAUGAACAAGUUCAAGUUUCCAGAAGACUCCAUCGUCAUGCUGACUGAAGAGGAAACUCACCCAGCUAAGAUUCCAAAUAAGUACAACAUUAGAAUGGCUUUACAUUGGCUUGUACAAGGAUGCCAACCAGGCGACUCCCUUCUGUUUCACUACUCUGGUCAUGGUUCACGGCAGAGGGAUUAUCAUGGUGACGAGGUUGAUGGCUUUGAUGAAACCCUUUGUCCCCUUGACUUUGAAACCCAGGGUAUGAUUCUUGAUGAUGAGAUAAAUGCAGCAAUCGUGAAGCCUAUUCCACAUGGGGUCAAGCUUCAUGCCAUUAUAGAUUCUUGUCAUAGUGGCACCGUACUGGAUCUGCCGUUCCUUUGCAGAAUGGACAGGAGUGGAAAAUAUGUAUGGGAGGAUCAUCGCCCUCGAUCAGGCAAAUGGAAAGGAACAAGUGGUGGAGAAGUUAUAUCUAUCAGUGGUUGUGAUGACGAUCAAACCUCUGCCGAUACAUCUGCUCUAUCCAAGAUCACGUCAACAGGUGCCAUGACUUUCUGCUUCAUCCAAGCAAUUGAGCAAGGACACGCAGCCACAUAUGGGAGCAUACUCACUUCUAUGCGUAAUACCAUACGAAGUACGGGGUCUGGUGGUGGUGGUCCUGGCAGUGCUGUUUCAUCUCUCCUUGGUGGUGGUUCUGGUGCUGUUACAUCUCUUGUUGGCAUGCUUCUAACAGGUGGAAGUGUUGGUAGUGGUGGGUUAAGACAGGAGCCUCAGUUAACUGCCUGCGAGCCGUUUGAUGUGUACGCCAAACCGUUCGCCCUAUGAUCUUGAAGUACACACAGAUCAACACUUCAUUAUAUCUCUCGAAUGUAUUUAGGAUUUUGAUAAUUGUGAAACAACUUGUGUUGAGUAAUAAAUAUAGUAACAUUCUUUUUCUGAUGACUA